GAGAACAGCGUGUACUUUCCGAGGGGGAUAUACAAACCGGACUGUACCAUUCCGCUGGCUGGAUAGACAGUGUCAUCGCCCGUCAAUCACUCCGAACGUUUCCCGGAGACCGAAUGUCCUUUUAUAAACGACACGUGGGAAAAAAACCCAAGUAGUUUUAGUAUCCCGAGCUGAAAGCUUCAGAUAGGUCCUCACUCUUUCAACACCCCUUCAAACAGUUGGUACCAUCCAGCAGCCUGAGUGGGUGAGCAAGCUGGGGAUGUCCACGCUGGAUCAGUGAGGAGUAGACAAUAGUGAGCCAAGGAGGCGAACACUCACCCUCUAGGACACCGGGGUCAUGGGCGCCAUGGUUGAAGAGGAACAGUUCGUUAACAUCGAUCUGAAUGAUGACAACGUCUGCAGCAUCUGUAAACUGGGCACGGACAUUGAAACCUUGUCAUUCUGCCACAUCUGCUUCGAGCUAAGCAUCGAGGGAAUCCCAAGGUCUGAUCUUCUACACACCAGAUCCCUACGAGGGCACAAGGGCUGUUUUGAGAAAUACCAUCAAAUUGCAAAUCAGGAUUGUCCACGAUCCAAACUUGCCAAGAGUCCGUACGAGGAAGUGAAAACUGUUUUGAGCAAAAAAAUUAACUGGAUCGUUCAGUACGCACAGAAUAAAGACUUGUAUUCCAAUUCCGACUGUUCCAAGCCUUCUCAGCUCAAUCUUUGCAAGUUCCGAUUUCAGAACGAUAGGACUCUACUGCCUCAGUAUGAUUCACAAGUGCCACGGUAUUCUGAAAAGUGGCUUAAGUCUGGCGUGUCUAAUUGUGCCCCAGGGAUUUUGGAUAGAAACAAUUCUGGGGAAUUCAACAUGAGCGUGUUACAGAAUACCAGUGCCACAUUCUGCCAUAGCAAUGCAUUGUGGCCUAGUUCCAGUAAAGCACAACACAAUGAAAAGUCCAGCCUGGAUCCCGGUGCUAGGAUUCCAAGGAGAUACCAGCAAUAUAGCAAGGAAGAACUGAGUUUAAUGAGCGCUGAAGAACUAGAACAAUUAAAUGAAAAUCUCCUUCGACAAAUCAAUGAAGUGUUUGAGGACCUCACAUGUGUCGUGCAGGAGAAGGACUCUUUAUCUUCAGAGCUUAACGUGCGUCACAUAGCCAUUGAGCAACUGCUGAAGAACUGCUCAAAACUGCCGUGUUUGCAGAUGGGUCGGGCUGGAUUGAAAGCAAAUGUGGCCAACAACUGAAUAAUAUAUAUAUAUUAAGUGACUGAAAGACCCCACCAGCCAUUCUAAACCAACAGGCUAUAUGACUUCAACGACCUUCAAAAUAUUUUUUAUAAUAAUCUCUUCCUUGGUGGAUAAAGAAAACUAACAAAAAAAAGUUAUGAUUGGAUAGCAAUUUCUUCUGCUUUUUUUGCCCGGGUGGCCCUUUCUGGUUUUCAUUGAAUGGAAGCAAUUUUUUUUUAUCAGAACUUAAAAAAAAAAAAAAAAAAAAAAAAAAA